AUGUGGUGCAUGCGUGCUAUUCGCCCGAUGGGUGGUUUCCGAAGAACGGGAUCCCGCCUGUACGCUGGGAUGCACGACCCCCUAGACCACGUGACUGGCCUCGAGAAGAGAGAGCUACUCGCACAUUUAGCAGGCGACUGUGAUCCCUUUCGCAUUAUGUCUAUCAAAAAAGGUCCCGGUACUAGAGAGCGACCCAACCUGAUCCCAAGUUCGAACGACAAACGUCUAGUGGCGUGUAGCUGCAGUCCAUGUGACAACCACUUGGAGUUCAUGUGGCUACACCUGGGCUGUCCCAAGAGAUGCGGCUGCGGGUACUGGUUUGAACUCUGCCCGGUAGCACCUUUGUAG